CCUAAUCCUAUACCACAUUAAACUCUGAUACUAAAUCAUAAAGAGACAGACUCUUGCAAUUGUUCAGACUCUGCUUUGCAAGAUUCAUUCUUUAACCUCUACCUCAAAAACAGUCCCUUUCACCACAGAAACAAAAGUACAAUUCAAUCGUUCAGAUUAAACUUGAAGACAACAUCAAAUGGCCGCUUUAGGAAUGUCCAACAUAGAUUUAGAAUGCGGCUGCGCCAUCAGCGACGAGGAGGCCAGUUUCUCCGACGCCGUCAAGGGUUCUUGCAAUUCGCAGUUUGCCUCUAAUUACGAUGAUUGCAGCUCGGGCUGUGGCUCGGAAGAUGAGGAUUUGGGGCAGAGGAAGAAUGUUGAGAGAGAUUGCCGGAUUUGUCAUUUGAGUUUGGAGAGCAGCAGCCCUAGCUCUGGGAUUGCCAUUGAGUUGGGGUGUUCUUGUAAGGAUGAUUUGGCUGCUGCUCACAGACAUUGUGCUGAAACUUGGUUCAAAAUCAAAGGAAACAAGACUUGUGAAAUUUGCAACUCAGUGGCGCGCAAUGUUGUCGGCUAUAAUGAGAUGGAGGCUGUUGAACAGGUGAAUGAGAGCAAUGCAGCAUCCUCAGGGUCCGCCCCCUCCACUGUAGAGACUCGAACUUGCUUAAAUGGUCAUCGCUUCUUAAAUUUUCUUCUGGCUUGCAUGGUGUUUGCUUUCGUCAUUUCUUGGCUUUUCCACUUCAACAUCCCAUCGUAAGUAUUCCGCAGAAGAUGAUUAGAAUCCUGUGAAGACAGAAACCGGGAUCGCAGAUGGCAAAGUGAUAAGUUGAUACACCUUGAAGUAGUAGCAGUAGCAGGAGUCAUUGAGAGUUCCUUUUCCUUUACUUUUUUUCUUCGAAAUAUCUUCUCAUUGUUUGUGGUGUUGAGGGAAGGGGUUGGUUGCAUAUUGCAGUGUGCAUUCGUUGGUAAAAGAUGUAAAGUUUGGCUACUGUUUUCUUUUAUAUACAAAGUGUUGCAGCUUCUAAUUGCCACUC